UUCAAACUACUGCUUCUUCUUCUUCUUCUUCUUCUUCAACAAUCACUCCCUAAACCCAAACACAGUGCUUCUUUAUCCAAACCUAUUCCUUCUUUCCUCAAUUUCACACAAAAACCCUUAAACCCCUAAAUUCUCUCUCUGCCGCCUCUGCCUCUCCAGUUUCCUACUCCGGCCGCCCAACUUCGCCGGUUCUCAGCCCUUCUACGCUCUCAGAUUUUUCAGAGCAAAAUUGCGGUCUUUCGCAAAAUGUUCAACCCUAAAUCAUAAUGUGAGGGUUUCUACUGAAGGAAGUUAUAGUAUCAUGAUGUACAGAACAUUAACGACGAUCCGACUGCGUUCGUUUCCCGAUUCGUUGCGUAAAUCAAUAACACAAGAACAUGGAUGGAGUGGUGCGGCAAAGGAAGCAAUGUUGUCUCGAAAUUUUACAACUUCUAAACACUCAAUCACAAAAUCCAUGCAGAUGCAAAUUGUUGAUGCGCUAUGCUCUGGUGAAAGAAGCAAAGCUUCCAGUCUGCUUUUAAGUCUUCGUCAUGAAAAUUACUCUCUAAGGGCUAAUGAUUUUGUUUUCAUCCUUAACUACUGUGCAAGAUCACCUGACCCAUUGUUUGUCAUGGAGACUUGGAGAGUGAUGGAAGAAAAUGAGAUCAGCCCGGAUACCAUAACUUCCUUGCUUAUGAUGCGUGCACUCUGCAAAGGCGGUUACCUGGAUGAGGCAUUAAAUUUGAUAAAUUUUCUUGGAGAAAGUCUUGGCAUUUACCCGCUCCUAUGUAUUUACAAUAGUUUUUUGGGUGCCUGUGCCGAAACACAAAGUAUAGGUCAUGCUAAUCAAUGUUUGGAUCUGAUGGAUCGUAGAAUGGUAGGGAAAAAUGAAGUUACUUACUCAGAGCUUCUCAAGUUAGCAGUUUCGCAAAAGAACUUGUCAGCGGUCCAAGAGAUAUGGAAGGAGUGUUUCAGAAAUUACAGUCUCAACAUUUUCUCUCUCAAAAGAUUUAUUUGGUCUUUUACUAGACUGGGAGAUCUAAAAUCUGCUUAUGAUGCUUUGCAGCAGAUGGUGUUUUUAGCCAUCAGGGGUAGCACUUCAUUUAGCAGUACUGAAGGAAAGCUUUGUUUUUCCAGAUUAGACAUUCCCAUCCCUUCAAAACAUGAAUGGAAACAAUUUUAUUUGACCAAGUUGGACAAUGAUGCUAGUAAUAAAGACCAGGCCUCCGUAUUUAGUGUCAAAGUUAGAGAGACUGCUCAUGUUCAAGUAAGAAUGCCAAAUCCUUGUGAAAGUAAGCCUGUUAUGAAAGCUCUGAGGCAGUCUUUCAAUGAUGUCAUUAGCGCGUGUGUCUAUUUAAAUAAUAAUGGUCUUGCAGAGCCAUUGUUAGCACAGAUGCAAGUGUUGGGUUUGCAACCAUCAAGUAAAACCUACGAUGGUUUUAUUAGAGCAGUUGUUUCUGAGAGGGGGUACAGUGCUGGCAUGGAAUUGUUGAAAAUUAUGCAACACAAAAAUUUGAAAGCAUUCGACCGGACUGUUGCAACCCUUUCAGUGAGUUGCAGUAAAGCUCUAGAGUUGGAUUUAGCUGAGGCUCUGCUUCACCGAGUAUCCAAAUGCCCAUAUCCACACCCUUUUAAUGUUUUUUUUGCUGCAUGCGACACAUUGGACCAACCUGAGCGUGCUGUGCGGGUAUUGGCCAAGAUGAGAAAUCUAAAACUUCUGCCAGAUAUUAGGACAUAUGAGCUUCUGUUUUCUUUAUUUGGUAAUGUGAAUGCCCCGUAUGAAAAGGGAAAUAUGUUGUCACAUCUAGAUGUUGCUAAAAGAAUAAAUGCCAUAGAAAUGGAUAUGGCAAAAAACGGUGUCCAGCACAGUCAUUUAUCAAUGAAGAACUUGUUGAAAGCCCUUGGAGCAGAGGAGAUGAUAAAAGAACUUAUCCACUACUUCCAUGUUGCAGAAAGUCUAUUCAGUCGUAGCAAAAUAUAUCUUGGAACACCCAUUUACAAUACGGUGUUGCAUUAUCUUGUUGAAGCUAAGGAAAGUGACAUGGCAAUUGAACUAUUCAAACAUAUGAAGUCUUGCAGUGUCUUGCCCAACGAUGCAACUUAUAAUAUAAUGAUUGAUUGCUGUAGUACCUUAGGAAGCUUCAGAUCUGUUUGUGCUCUUGUUUCCAUGAUGAUUCGUGAUGGGUUUUAUCCACAGGCAUUGACUUUCACUGCUCUAAUGAAGAUUCUACUGGAGUAUGAGAAUUAUAGUGAAGCUUUAAACCUUUUGGAACAAGCCAUUUCAGAAGGAAUUCAACUUGAUGUUUUGUUGUUUAAUACCAUUCUUAAGAAAGCAUGUGAAAAGGGGAUGCUUGAUGUGAUUGAGUUUGUUGUUGAGCAAAUGCACCAAGAAAAAAUUCAGCCAGACUCAUCAACCUGUAACUACGUGUUCUCGGCAUACCAUGGCCGUGGUUUUCACAGCACAGCCGUGGAAGCAUUGCAAGUAUUGAGCAUGCGUAUGUUAGGAAAAGAAUAUGGCGAUCUUUCGAAAGAGAUGGAGCUCGAAUACAAUUUUAUCCUUGCUGAAGAGAUGGAAGCUGAAUCAAGAAUAUUUGAUCUGUUUGAAAAUUUCCAGGAGGACCGAGCUGUUGCCCUUCUGAAUUUGAGAUGGUGUGCCAUGCUUGGUUUUUCAAUUUCUUGGUCACCUAAUGAGAGUUCAUGGGCCAAAAGACUCUCAACUAACUAUAAUACCCGGAAAGGACACAGUUGACAGCUAACACAAAAUUGGUAAUAUUCCUAGCAAUUUGUUUUUUUUUUUGAAGUGCUGUGCUGAGUUAAAAUUAACUGGGUCUGCUCGGCAAGGCAUAAUCUUUGGCCAGAGUUACGUUGUGGAUGACUACCCAGUAGUAGUACUCUUUGGCUGGCAAACUUAGCCGGGGCUCCAAGGUAUGCCAUCGGAGGCUACCUCAUUCAUUCUGGUAUUCAUUUUUAUUUAUUAAUUUUGUUUUUUUAUAUAAUUUAAAUGCUCUAACAUAAGAUGGGAAAAUUCUUGGGAUGUAUAUUUUCAAGUCCCUGUUAGAAUUUUAAAUACCAAUUGUAUCAUCCUGGUUGCAGUUUCUGUGGAACUUCGACUAGCGAAGAGCAAAGUAAUAAUUGAAAUUAAUUUGGUAUUGUUACUUCAUAUAUAUAUGUAUUUAUGUAAGUUUGUGUUGAGACUUA